ACAUAUCCAAGCAGUCUGCCGGAGUCACUGCUGGGGCCAAGAAGGACAAGGGACGUGGUCUGUCAAGACUUCAACAGCUCUCUGGGCAUCUUGGUGGGUGGUGACACUGUGAUAUUUACAGGCUGCUUUACCUGCUGCCUGACAACGGCCACUCCGGGGAGGCUGAGCUGUGUUGCCCCAUUGCUGUUCCAUAUCUGCAGUGUGACUGGCAUCAGCACUGCCCUCCCCAGCUAAUACCUCUGUUAUCCGGGUUCCUUCUUGAGUCUCACAGGCAUUCUUGGUUUAUUGACUUGCUGCUCCAGUCUGUUCUCUGUUCUGCCAUUUUUCCUGAUGUAUUUACAUACGCUCCCUGGAUACCUGUGUCAUGUUUCCUUUCUAAUUCUCUGCUGCAGGAAUAAUAUCCUCUCCAUCUUAGUGUCCUAUUUUUAGGAGGGAUGGAGCACAAAGUCUAGGUGGUUUCCCUGACAGCCAGCACUUAGUGGUAUAUGUUGCCUGGGAGAAAUCUUCCCUUUAAGACUGGGUUCAAGCCAGCUCCUCAACUGAACUCUCCCAAGCUGGACCCUGCUUGGCAGACAGUAGCAAAUGUGUUUUAAGUGAAGCUACUGCUGGCACCUUGUGCCUGAGCCAAGAACUGUUUGUCCUGCAGGUCCCAUUGGCUUUUGCAGUGGCUGCUGUGCCAUGCCUGGCCUGAUCCUGCUUCAGGCAGGCUGCUGGGUCAGGCUGCUCUCAAACACAGCCCACUUAGCAGUGACAGCUUUUGGCUUUUCUAGAAGUUCCAAAUAUUCUUGAUGACUAAACCAUUCUGUGCUGGCAGACCAGGGAAAAGUCUUUCUGGGGCCAGAGACAGCACCCGAACACGGGACAGAUUGUUUAUCAGCUGAAGUCUGUGUUGAGCUGAGAUCUGUGGCUGAGCUGUGACUUAGGGAGAUCUUGUCAAUGUUGGUCUUGAAUACUUUGAGUGGUUGGAAACUCACUGCUUCUGUGAGAUGCUGUGAAGGUUAAUGAAGAUGAUCAAAGUAGAUUUAGAGCCAGAAGUGCAUUAGUCAGGCAGUGCAUCCACUCUGCCCAGACGUCAGCUCUGGGGCUGAGAGACCAUUUUGCUCCAGUCAUGGUCUCUGGCACAUCCAGCAGUGCUCAGCAAUUAAAGGUCCAGAUGCUGCUGAUGGGUGUGCACUGGUGAGUGACAUUGGUGAGUGGCCCAAAGCAAGGCAAGACCAUGUCCUAAGGGGAUGAUUUUGGGAGAAGCCUCAUCCUUCUUUGCUCACACGUGAUGCUGCUGGUGGCUUGCACUCUCAGAAAGUUCACUUUGCUCCUGGGCUGCUGGUAUGUGGCUCCAUAGCUGACAAGGGCUGGAAAUCAGCUAUUGUUCCUAAUAGGAUUUAAGAAUAAAAUCAUUCUCUAGCCACAUAUCUGUGACCACAGAAAGUAAAUAUAAACCUUUCAGCCCUGAGUUUCAAGGGGCUGAGGCUGCCCUGAGCCUGGCUUCUGACUCUGUAACUGGGGUUUCCCCACUUGCCUUUAGUUCUCUGUGUCCUUCUGGGCUUGAGGAGGUGGGUUUCUGAUGGUCUGGUGACUCCUGUGGUGGCCUGGGAGUAGCUGGGGGAAGGUGGUACUCAUAUUCCCCCACCUGCCAUCGUUGCUCUGAAUCAGAGAUUUUUGCUGCUUCUGGCAAUCAGAUGGCUCCAGAGUGAAGGAAAAGAUUUCUCUGUCUCUAGUAAAACUCAUGUUAUGGUGUAUUUAGGGUCUUUGCAGCUCUUCCUUGGGGAAAUUGUGGUGGUGCUUUACAAGAUGCUCUGCCAUUAAGGCUCUCCUGAACCUAGCUAUACUUGUUCCUAGUCCCAGCCAAAGGUCCCAGCUAUCACAGAAUGGAGAGGAUUGGAAAGGACCUCUAAAGUUCAUCUAGUCCAACCCUCCUCCUAAAGCAGGUUCCCCUCGAUCAGAGGGCACAGGAACAUGUCCAGGUGGGUUUGGAAACCUCCCAAGAACGAGCCUCCACACCCUCCCUGGGCAGCCUGGACCAGGGCUCCCUCACCUCAGCACCAAAGGAGUUUUUCCUUAAGUGGAACUUUCUGUGUUCCAGCUUUUGUCCAUUACCCCUUGUCCUGUCACUGGACACCACAGAAAAACAUACUUGUAAAUAUUAAUGAGAUUCUCCUCCAGUCUCCUCUUCUCCAGACUAAACAGCCCCGGGUCCCGCAGCCUUUCCUCAUUAGGAAGAUGCUCCAGUCCCCUGGUCAUCUUGGCAGCCCUGCACUGGCCUCUCUCCAGCAGUUCCCUGUCCCUCUGGAGCUGGGGAGCCCAGAACUGGACACAGGACUCCAGAUGAGGCCUCAGCAGGGCAGAGCAGAGGGGGAGCAGAACCUCCUGCCCACACUCUCUGAAGGGAAGCAGCAAGUGUCCCAGCAAGCGUGGAGGCAGAGCCCCUCCAUCCUCGAUGCAAUGUGCACAGAAGAUGCAGAUUGUCCCAUGGGAAACCCAGUGGUUCAUGGCAACGGGAUAAAGACUGGGAAAUGUGUGAAGUUCAACACCAGCCAUUCCACCUGUGAGAUCUAUGGCUGGUGUCCUGUGGAGAACAACACCCUGCCCAGGAAACCUCUUCUGGCUGAGGCAGCGAAUUUCACUCUUUUUAUAAAAAACACUGUCCACUUCACCAAAUUUAACUUCUCCAAGUGCAAUACUUUGCAAACCAACGACUCCACUUAUUUCAAGAGCUGCACAUACGAUCCACACUUCAACCCCUCCUGCCCUGUCUUCCGUGUCCGUGACAUGGUGGAGGCAGCUGGAGAGACCUUUGAAGACCUUGCACUGCUGGGAGGGAGCAUUGGAGUUCGCAUCGACUGGGACUGCAACCUGGAUCACCCUGCUGCCCAAUGUCAGCCACAGUACUCCUUCAGCCUGCAGGACAGGAGGUACAACUUCAGAGGCUGCACCCUGGAGCUCUGUUCUGCUUGGAGCUGUGCAAGGCAUCACCUGCCUGAGGGCAGGGACGCAGCUGCCCAGACCUGUGCGGACCCUGAAGCGGUCGAGGAGGGGCGUGUGCUGCCGGGGAUCCUGCUGGGUGCCAGGGACCCCGCUGCCACCCUGCUGCUGGUGCCAGCCCAAACUGCCUCCUACUACCGGGACCCCCGGCAGGGGCUCUACCGGAACCUGCUGAAGCUCUACGGCAUCCGCUUUGACAUCUCGGUGCACGGUCAGGUACGAGCUCCUCUGCAGGCCCUGUCCCCAGGGCUGACUCCUUGUGCUGCUCCCUGCUGCUCUCUCCUGCGGCCAGCCCGCUGCCUUCCCGCUGGCGUUGCUGCUGCCCACCCUGGUGAGCCCUUCACCUCUUCCCAGAGUUUUCCAAGCAAAGCAGGAAAAAAUGGUCCUAUGCGACCUGAUCUAGGUGACCCUGCUUCUGAAGGGGGGUUGGACUAGAUGAUCUCUAAAAGUCCCUUCCAACCCCCACCAUUCUAUGGUUCUAUGAUUUUAAGAGAAGCUUCUCCAAGCAGGGAGACUUCCCUCCCUGAGGGUCUGGCAUGGGUGUUGGGAAGUGCCUGUAGGCAUGGUGAGCUUGUCUGGGCAGUGGGCCAGUGGGCUUCUCAGAGGGUCUCGUUGGCUGCACCCUGGCAAAGAUGAACCUGAACUUUCUGUACCUGGACAAUUUAUAAUCCCUCUUGAUUAAUUGUACCCUUGGAGAGAAAAGGCAUGAGCAUGGUCAUGGCUGCUGCACAGAGCAGCAUCACUGACAAACUCAUUACUCAGCUGUGCAAGAUGGAGCCUGUGCUGAGAAGGUUUGCCACCUCCAGAGAUGUCCAGAGCUGUCUGUUGUGCUUCACAGUGGCCUUUUCACCUGAAGCAUGUGGUGCAGGACAGGGCACACCACUUCUGGGUAGUAAGACCAGAUUUGAGAGGUGGGAAAUGGGAGAGACAAACCUGAAAACCUCUUUCCUUGGAGGUACCCAGAGUGGAGCAGAGACAGAUGACAUCAGGCCAUGCUGUUGGCUGGAAUGUAGUUCUGUGGGUGGCAGCUGCUGGGGUCCUGCAGCCUGAGGGAUGCUCCUGCCAUGCUGCAGGCGUCAGUAGGUCACAGCAGCCUCUGCUGCCACAGAGUCACGGGUUGCCUCAAUCCCUU